AUGGCUCUGCCGGGGGAGCUGGCGAUUUGCGCAAACACGUUGGAAGAGAGGUCGUCGUACGAUUGGAUUCGUUUAGCAAACGCGCGGCGUCGGCCGGACCAUUUUGCCGGUCGUUCAAACGCGGGCGAGCAGGGCACCGACUCGGGGACAUUAUCGAGCGGUUUGUUUCUUUUGAGUCUGUACGUAAGCUUCAAGACCAGCAGUCUAACGCCAGCCAUGAUCCUGACAGCGCCGGCUUUGUCGUCGUCUGUGUCCGAUCUACACGGAAUGACACUUUCCUCGGUUAGUUCGCUCACAGUCAGUCCCGAGCCCGUCGUCCAGUUCAAUUUGCAGGUGCCGUCCAGGACGUCGCAGACGCUGCACGAGUCCGGGUUCCUGGCGCUGCACAUUCUGCCCCCCGUGAAGGAGUCCGUGCGGCUGGCCAGAGCGUUCUCGAGAGGGACGCGGGGGAACUGUUUGACGAGGCCGUUUGAGGAGCUCAGAAAGGACGAGUGGUCGUACUUCACGACGGAAAACCUGAAAAUACCUGUUCUUUCGCUCGCCGAGCGGAUCCUGAUCUGCGAAAAGCACCAGGUGUUUCGUGUAUAUAAUCAUGAGCUGUGGACGUGUCGAGUGCGGGAGAUUGUCCAGCGAGCCGUCGACGCCGACGCGACGGGCGGGCUACUCUACUUCAACCGACGGUUUCACGCGGUGGGAGGAAAAUUGGAGCAUUGA